UGUAACCCUAAUUCGAAGAUGGCUGCAGCAGCAGGAGCAGGAGCAGGAGCUUUGGAGCAGGUGCAGUGCUUCGGCCGGAAGAAGAAUGCUGUCGCCGUCACCUACUGCAAGAGAGGCCGUGGUCUCAUCAAGAUCAACGGCUGCCCAAUCGAGCUCAUCCAGCCGGAGAUCCUCCGCUUCAAGGCGUUCGAGCCCAUCCUCCUCCUUGGACGCCACCGCUUCGCUGGCGUUGACAUGCGCAUCCGUGUGAAGGGUGGAGGUCACACCUCACAGAUCUAUGCCAUCCGUCAGAGCAUCGCGAAGGCCCUUGUUGCAUACUACCAGAAGUAUGUGGAUGAGCAGAGCAAGAAGGAGAUCAAGGAUAUCCUCAUCCGCUACGAUCGUACUCUCCUCGUCGCUGAUCCCAGGCGCUGCGAGCCCAAGAAGUUCGGUGGUCGUGGUGCUCGUUCUAGGUUCCAGAAGUCCUACCGUUGAUUCAGUUUUCGGUGCUCUCUAUUUUGUCCUGCGCUUUUAUUUCAUAUUUUGGAUAAGAUUAUAGAACAAGUUUAAGUUCAUUUCUCUUGUUAAUUUAGACAUAUUCGCUCGUCUGGAUUGAAUGAUGUUUUAGUUUUACUUUAAUUACUAUUAUCAUUGAAUUUGAA